AUCCUUCUCGGAUCAAUUGUAUUCUCUAGUACACAAAGUUUGCAACUCCUUUUUCUCUAAUUUCAAGAGCAAAUCAGUCUAAUUGUGAAGAGUAACACGAAGAAGAUGAGUUCAACAAGCAGAGCUAUUGUAGCAGCCAGCGUAGGAGUCGUGGAGGCCAUGAAAGACCAGAUGGGCAUCUGCAGAUGGAAUUAUAUUAUAAGAUCUGCGCAGCAAAAUACAAAGAACCAUCUCCGGUCGUUAUCUCAGGCAAAGAACCUCUCCUCUUCAACUUCUGCAGUGGUUUCAAGCAAAGUAAGAGAUCAUCAGGAGAAAAUGAAGAAGUCAGAAGAGUGUUUGAGGACAGUCAUGUACUUGAGCUGUUGGGGUCCCAAUUGAGACUUUGAUCAGUGAGUUCUCUGAGAACGUCAUUGCGGGAAGGCAGGCGAGCGAGCGAGCUAACAUCCACCUACAUGUGUGAAUUUGAAUUCGCUAGAUCACCCUCGCAAGACGGGCGAGCGA